GUUUUUGUUUUUGUAUUGCUUGUCGUUCCUCCGUGCAGUGUCGCCGCGAGAACAAAAACAAAUUCGUCAGCCUUUUUCACACGUUGUGAAUUUUGUGCUUGGUGAAAAAUCGGCUCUAAACCGUUGCAAGGGCUUCUAUUACGUGAAGUUUUCAGCUCAAUUGCCAGCGAACACGCAGAACGGCCUCAAAAUUCACGACAAAAUGAGGAAUUUCAAUUCGCCGAAAUUCGGUCACUCGAUGGGAGAUGAUUCCGACGAUGAUGAGUUUGAUUCCGGGACGGAACCGGAAUUUAUACUGGAGCCGUACAUUUUAGAGGAGUUUCGCGUGAUGGACGAUGUUGAGGACGAUGAGGCGGAAGAAGAGGAGGGAUCGGACUACAAUCCGAAUGAAGAAAUUGUAAUUGGAACUUCGUCGAGUGAUGAAGAUGAUUCGGAUGAUUCAGAUUCUGACAAGGAAGAAGGAACUGCGAACGGCGAAGAUGGAGAGGACAGCAGUACGAAAAACUCGACCCCAAAGAGGGCGAUUGACGAUUACGACGAGGAGAUGGAGGAGGAUGAAGUAAUCAAGGCAAUCAUUACGGAGAUCAAGAAACCGAGAUCGAAACCUCCGGACAUAAAGACCGAAGAUUUUGUAACGGAUCUGUGCUUUCAUCCGGAUCAGGAUAUUCUUGCCGUGGGGACAACUACCGGAGAUGUAAUCCUUUAUAAGUUCACGAACGAUGAGUGCACCAUUGUGAACACUCACGAAGCACAUUCCAAAUCUAUUCGGGAUGUAGAGUUCAACACGGAAGGGGAUUUGAUCAUUUCGACUGCGAGGGAUCGGACAAUUAUGGUGACGGAUGUCGAAACAGGAAAGUUGAAACGAUUCUGGGACGAUGCCCAUGAGGAGCCAGUCUAUACGAUGAGUAUGAUUAGCGAGCAUACGUUUGCCACGGGUGACGACGGCGGAGUGCUGAAGCUGUGGGAUCUCAGGCAGAAGGAACAGAUUUUCAAGCUGAAGGAAGUGGAAGAUUUCAUUUCCUGUAUUAUUACGAAUGAGCAGAAAAAAUAUCUGCUGAUGACGAGCGGGGACGGUUAUUUAACGACGAUCAACCUACCACAGAGGAAAAUGUACGUUCAAUCAGAGCCGUACGAGGAAGAGUUGACCUGCAUGGGUAUCUUCCGAAAAGACAGUAAACUCGUUGUGGGUUCGUCGAAGGGCAACUUCUACACCUUCAACUGGGGGCAAUUCGCUUACCAUUGCGAUGCUUUUAUUGGUCCAAAAGCAGGCGUCAACAAGAUGGUACCCAUUACGGAACGGAUAGCGGUGACCGGUGGUGAAGACGGUAUUCUCCGCGCGAUGCACCUGGUCCCGGGUCGGGUUCUCGGCGUUGUCGGUCAGCAUUCGUUAGCAGUGGAGACGAUCGACAUCAACAGUACCGGAGAGCUGAUUGCUUCCAGCUCGCAUGACAACGAUAUCCGCUUCUGGAACAUCAAAUAUUUUGAAGACUUCGAUGACAUCAAGUACAACAGUAAACCAGACAAGAAAGCGGUGAAACACAAUCUACCGUCAUCGAAGCAGACCAACGCAGCGGAUUUCUUUUCCGAUUUGGCCGGCCAGAAUGGGAACGAUGGCGACUGAAGGGGAACAAAGCGUAGGAGUUAAAGUUUUCGGUUUAUCAAUAAUGAUUCAAAGACACAUAAUUGAGUUAUUCAGUUCCGCCGGAGGUAAGUUUGUCAUAUUCUUUUUUGAACAGUGGGCCUGUGGGUGAUCAAAUGUUU